UGCCUCGUACAACAACUUGGUCCGAGCAUCGCGGUACAUCGUCAUCGGUAACCUCCACGACUCUUUGCACAACACUUUUCUCAAAAUGCGAUACAUGUCCCUUAUCUACCCACUGUUGACAGCAUCUCUUGCAGUCACAGCAGCAUUCUCCCAGGAGCAGCGACCUAUGGCGGACAAGAACCUCGGACCUGCGAUGCCUCCGAACCAAGAAUCCCCUUCACUUUCAGCCCCCGCUGACGGCGACACCGUGAUGCUCUCAGACGUUCUCGGCAAUGAUCGCAGUAUUAAUAUCUUCGCUGGGUUCACCCGAGACUUUGCGACAAUCAGCGAACGCUUCGAAGACAGCUCGUUGAACACUACAAUCAUGGCGCCCAUAAACUCCGCGAUAAUGGCGUUACCGCGGAAGCCUUGGGAAGAUCCUGAGGAUUAUGAUAGGCUGGGCCCUAAUGCUUACGAGGGAGAGCCAGGCGAGGAGAGAGCGCAAAGGAAUUUGAGGAGGUUUGUGGAGGCUCAUGUUGUCCCGGUCAGCCCUUGGAAGGAGGGUGAGAAGGUUAAGACGUUGGCUGGGGGCGAGGUCUGGUGGGAGAGUAAAGACGGAGUCAAGAUGAUCAAGCCAGGAAAUAUCGAAGUCAGCUCAGUAGCCAGCAAAGUAUACAAUGGGGAGGUCUGGAUCUUAAAAGGCGUCAGGAAUUACGCAUAAAUAUAACGAACAUAAUGAGCACAUGGAUAAUACGUAGCUACGUGGCUGCUGGCGUUGUGGUUGGGUAUAUGAUUGUUCUAGGAUGGAGGAGGAACUUGACCCAAGAUCCAGGAUUUAAGCUGGAACGGAACAACCCAAGAUUGUUCUUUUGACAGGUUUCUGAAUAGUAAGGACCUUAAUCCAGCACAGGACUUCGAUUGCCUGUGACGAGAUGAGCAACCAAGCCUCCCACUUUCUCUUACUUCGAGCAAUUCCGGAGGGGCAAUGAAGAACGGGCAAGUAAGACCGAAGUCAAGACCAGGGUGCCCAAAUAAUUUACUUUCAAAAAUUGGCUGUUCAACAAAGCUCGCACAGAAUAUCGAAGUCCCGAAGAUAAAACCUAUAUUUGCC